GCAUUUGCGAAUGUCAAAAAAGGACUGCCGGAGAAGAGUUGUUUUGUUUAGCGCCUCCGUUUUGUGCAAGAAGAAGAGUCUCUUUCUGCAAAGUCCUUAAAUAAUAAUAAUACAGGCCCACCCAUCGCUGGUGUGUGCGUAUGUAACAUGUGUGUGUAAGCGUAAAGCGUGUGAUGUAAAACGUGCGACGGACGGACGACUGCUGAUUAUCUCUUUGGCAAGGGUUUGGAGGACAAUUGGAACACAGAGGAAUCAAGGCACGAGAGGGGAAACCCAAAACAAACACACCCACACAGCAAACAUGAGUCGUUGGGAUCGGAGAAGUGACGAAGGACAAUACGAUCAACGGCAGCGGAAUGAGACACGGCACGGCUCGAACCAUCGGCCCCGGCUGAGUCGCAGCAAAUCCCGCUCGGACUCGUCCGAGUCCCGGUCACGGUCAAGGUCCCGGUCCCGCUCACCAGCCUCGCACAACGCCCGCCACCACGGGUCAUCAUCGUCCGCUUCCGCAUCGUACCGGGACGACCGGUACGAGGAAAGAAACCAGCAGCAGCAGCACCGGCAGUACCGGCAGGACGAGGAGGAACGGCGCCGAAGGCAGGAAGCGCUCGAUAGCCGCGGCCGUGCCGGCCCGAACGGCACCGGAACCGGUCCGGGUGGCACGGUGGGAAGGCGAGCUGGAGGCAGCGGAAGUGGCGGCGGCGGCGGCGGUGGUGCGAUCAGUCGAACGUCCACAGCGCCGGGUGCGAAACCGGCAAAGCCACCGGUGGCCGGCAUACAGAUGAAGCUGGCGGCACCGGCAAGCAAGGAACCGCCCCGGCUGAUGAAACCGGUCGCGAACGCGUUCCGGCUGGCGGACGACAGCGACGACAGCGAGCCGGAAGAGAUGCCGGCCGAGUGCCGGAUGCGGAUGCGCAACAUUGGGCGCGAUACGCCCACCUCAUCCGGUCCGAACUCGUUCGGCAAGACGAAGCACGGCUUCUGUGAUUCGAAGAAGAUGUUCGAGAAGAAGAUCGGCAGCAGCCUCAGCAACCGCUGAGGCCUCGGUGAAGUCAGGCAUUAUAGCUCUAGCAAACGGCGCGAACAGUGAAGAGAGGACAAACGAGUAGGAAGACAGGAGAAAGGGUCAGGGUUGAGAAGGAUUAGCUUUAAGUGUCGCUCUAUUUAUCCCAACACCGGCAGUGCGGAAGGAGCCAGGAAGCGCCCGCCCGGUGAAACGUUGCAUUAGCGUAGUGAAAUGGUUUUUGCUAUUUGUUUGCUCCCGAAAAUGCUGCAGAGGGAAGGGCUACGGGGACGUGAAAGGGGGGAGGGCAAUCAGCACAGUACUACUACUCACCCUUCGCUUCCCUUGCCGCCGCUUGCCGUGCGCGCAUUGCCAAUCGAGUUUUAGAAUAAAACGAAACUUCUUUCAAGUUACUAAUUACCUUCGCUCACUGCACAGCCCAUUCUCACACGAUAGAAAUCAAGCAAAGAUGAAUAAAAACUUUCCUUUA